AUGAAGCCUCACAAAACUCCUUCAUCAAGAAUGGUCUCCGAUGAGUCCACUAGCAAGUGGAAAAUUCCACACUAUUACAAGAAAUCCUCGACGAUGACACAGGAAGUUUUUACAGAUCUCAGUGCGAUAGCGGCUGCGAAUACUGCUAAUAAUAGUUCUCCCACUCUCACUUUAAAUGGUGGUAACAAUAGAAUCAAUAUCAUGAACACACCUGUUCCUGUGCUAUUGGAAGACCCGGACCAACCGAAGACGCGAAAGGCGCAGAAAGCCAAGGCGAAAAAGAACGGCAAGAUGGUUUUUGUAAACUUUACGGUACAAGAUACAUCCGAGUCACCGAAGAAAGCCAAGCCUUCGCGCCGAGAAAAUAUGCUGCGUAUGUUCAAGCGUAAUGACAACAAUAAAAUCGUAACCCAAGAAUUGAAGGUGCUGGAGUCACCAUCUGUUAUUGAUUCACGUUCUACGCCGUCUACCACGCCAAACUCUGCAUCAAAGAGAAGUUACAGUUCGUAUUUGGAAUGCGGCAAGAUUGGUAGUAGUGCCAUCAGCAGCGCUGGAAGCAUGAAGAGUAAACUAAACAGCGCUUCUCCUAUCCAAAAUGGCAUGGCAAAUUUAGCUGGAGACGAAUUUGGUCUUCAACGCUCAGCUUGUAAUAGUAUGUCAAGCUCUCUACGUUCAAAUUCAAGACCACGCAUAAGACGAUCCAUGAGUGCCAAUGUUGUUCUGCAUGGUAGAAGUGAUGGCCCUGGCCUUUCACCAGCGGCAACGAGCAAUAGUCCGUCCGGAUUGUGUCCGCCUACCCAUCCGCAACGGGAACAAAAUGGUAAGAUUGAUUUAUUAAAAAAGAGGUUUUUACGAACUGCUAAUAACUUGCAUUCUGAAGUAAAUUCGGGCCUAAACAGCUCGAGAAUUGAACUUCCGCUGUCGGCAUCCUCUAGCAAAGGCAAUAAUAAAUUUAGAACCCUCUCUGCUAAUGAACAUCAAGGGAUAAAAUAUGCCCCUAAUUAUGAGUACGACGAUAUUGAGAAUAACAAUGGUGAGACCGAAUACUAUACCCAUUACUUAGAUCCUUACUGUAGGUAUGAAGACGCUACGUCAGAAACAGAUAUUAGUCAUUCAACUUUAACGAAUCUCAAUUUGCAUAGGUCCAAUACCUUUUCUAAUAGCUCAUUUAAUGUUGAUGAAAACGAUGCGUCAAUAGCCUUUAGUAGGAUGUUUACAAGGAAGAGAGCAAAUACUGGCGGGUCCGUUAGUUCUAUUGUAUCAAACUCACAAAUCGUGUCUCCCUGUAACAUUCCUGGCAACACGAGUGUAAAUUCUAUUCAAUCACUACUUUAUUCGCCGAUAAGAUCACACUCACCUGGCAGAUCAAGGUCCAACACAAAAUGUUCUUCAAACACUAGAAUACCUUGCGAACCAUCCUCCAAAUGCUUAUCAAGCAUUUCGACUGGAACUGCUACGAACCAACAGCCACAAUCCAUACACAAAUCAGAUUCUAUCAUUGAGAUGGGUUCCUAUAUUGACACCCAUGUAAGGCAACGCUAUUCACACAAGAAGAAGCAGGAAUCGAUCUUAGAAUCACUCAAACAAUACCAACAGUCCUCAACUUCUGGUGGUGUUACGCCUACAUUUUCACAUGUGUCGAAUUCAAGCAUAUCUGAUGUCAACUUUCCAAAUGUACCUUACACAGAAUAUUGUGGCAUGUGGACUAUCGAGAAUGAUAACUUUAUUAAUAAUCUAUAUGAUGAACAAAGCCUACCUGCAGUAAACGGAAUACCAACCACUACUAUAGAAGAAAACGAGGAGGCUGAACCCCAAAUGGUCCCUAUAACAAUAGCCAGUAAUACUAAGAGAGAUUUUGAACCGCCUGGACGGUCAAUUUCUACAAGUGAAUCCUCAUAUCAAUAUUUGCAUGAUUCGCAAAGCGUUGGUUUGGUGCAUACAAGGGUAGGCUCGCCAAGCAUUAACUUAAUGAACAUGGAAAACAAGCAGCAACAGCAGCAUUUAAAACAAACUCCGUAUUCUUCAGAGUCGAAUGAAUUAUGCGAGGAUUUAGUUGCUAGUGAUAAUAAUCCUUUAGAAAGCUAUGUGGAAUUUGAUCUAGAAAACGCCCUUACUAUAUUAUCUACGGAAAAUGAAGUACCAUUGGAUGUAACUACAGAUAAAAGUUCCAACAGUACUCUUAACCAAAAGAAGGUACUAUCAUCAGCCACAGGUGUGGAUAUGAUAUCUUCUACAUUAGAGGUUGACAAUUGCAAUUCCCAAGGAGAUGUGAAAGAUAACGAUCAGGGGCAGAAUAACCACUCACACCAAUUUUCUCGACACAACUACAAGUUCCAAGAUUUAGAUAUACCGCAUUUGAGGAACGAUUUCUAUACCUUCAUGGAGAAUAAGGACAUAUAA